ACCCUCCCACAGUCACCCUCCCCCCACAACCGCAAAUAUGGAUCAGGCCAAGCUGGCACGCAUGCAGGCGUCGGUGCGCAUUGGUGGAAAGGGCACACCCCGCAGGAAGGUCAAGAAGGUUCACAGGGCCGCUGGCACCGACGACAAGAAGCUCCAGGCCGCGCUUAAGAAGCUGAACGUCCAGCCCAUCCAGGCUAUUGAGGAGGUCAACAUGUUCAAGAGCGACGGCAACGUCAUUCACUUCGCUGCACCAAAGGUUCACGCCUCGGUACCCGCCAACACCUUCGCCAUCUACGGCGCCGGUGAGGACAAGGAGCUGACCGAGCUUGUCCCCGGUAUCCUCAACCAGCUCGGCCCCGACUCGCUCGCAUCGCUGCGCAAACUUGCCGAAAGCUACCAGAGCAUGCAGAAGGAGAAGGGUGAGGCUGGCGAGAAGGACGACGAUGAGGAUGAUGACGACAUCCCCGACCUCGUUGCUGGCGACAGCUUUGAGUCAGCCGAGAAGGCCGACAACAAGCCUGAUGUCGAGUAAGCUAGCUUUUCGGAAGCAGCCGAGGGAGCGAAGUGUAGAACCAACGCGGCGCAGAGACGCAGCGGAGGUUUACAGGCGUCCUGCCAUGGGUAGCAUGACUAAUCCCGUGCAGCCGUCAGCUUUGUUCGCGUUGGGCAGUUGCGGUGGACCGAUGAUGCGGACACCAGACUGGCGUAUCAUGAAAGAUAUGAAAUGAAAAAUAUCCCAGCACGCAACAGCGAAUUCUUAUGUAGAAUUGGUGACCUACAACAAACUACAUGCUCAAUUCUGCGAUGAGUCAAAAAGAUAUGUUUGUUAGGAGACGUCCGCGUACGUUGAGCAGUCUGGUCAGACGGUCAAGCUCGUAGAGCUUCCCCACUGGAAG